CAUCAUAGGAGAGGAAAAAUGCAGGGGUUCGAUGAGAGAGAACUUUUUAAGGUGGUCAUGAAAAACCAAUGGGAAGAGGUUGUAGACAUAAUCAAGGAACACUCGCCAUGUGCCUCAGUCAGGAUCACUACUUCAGAGGACACGGCAUUGCACCUAGCCGUCUCAGGUGGCCGUGAAGAAAUACUUGAACAUCUUGUUCAAGUGCUGGGUGACAAGGCCAAGGAUGCUCUGAAAAUUAAGAACGACCAUGGCAACACUCCUCUCCAUUUAGCUGCGGCCUUGGGAAAUAAGCGCAUGUGCCAAUGCAUAACUGACGUGAAUAAAGAUCUUGUGGGCGAGCGCAAUGAUGAUGGGCAUACACCCCUCUUCUUGACCGCUCUCUAUGGCAAAUUGGACGCUUUCACUUUCUUCUGUCAAAUCUGCCUUCCAAAAGGCAUCCAGGAGUACUAUAGAGGAGCGCGUGGUGAAUCCAUUCUCCACACUGCCAUUAAUGGAGAACACUUUAAAUUGGCAUUAUUGAUAUUGAACAACUAUGAAGAGCUUAUGUUCACUAAGGACGAAAAAGGAUUGACCCCUCUCCAUCUCCUGGCCCGUAAGCCUUUAGUAUUCAGAAGUUGUACUUACUUCAGCCGGCUGGAAAAUAUUGUUUAUUCUUGUGUAACUGUCAAAAAGCUGCCAGAUGUCAGUCUUCCACAUCAGAUCAAUGACCAAACAGGUCAACAAUCAAGGAAUACCGAAUCUCGAAGAGAUCGAUGGUUUCCACCAAAUUAUGGAACAUGCUGCUACUUCUUGAAUCUCAUAUAUAGUUUUCUAUUGGUUAUCUUUGGAUGGGGCAAACUGGUUUCUAAUUCUAGAGCUAAUGGAGAAAAUGCAAAAAACUCUGGUCAACGGGGGGAUGCAGAGACGGGAUUGGCGGGGAACGCAAGAGAACUGCCUCCAGGUGACGAUUAUCGCGCAGGCUUCAAGCUGAUGAAGCUUGUACGUAAACUAAUGCCGAUGAUCGUAUUGGGAUACAAAGACAUACAGACGAUUAAGCACAUAAAAGAGAAGCACGUAUGGUCUCUUCAGAUCGUCAAAAAAAUGCUUGACACUGCCGGAAAUUCCGGGGAUGAUGCUGCUGGAAGGUUCGGAAAAUCCAAUCAAGAAACUUCUGAUAUGGACCUUAUCCAUGAACCUUCACUAGAAGAAACUAAACAAUCAGAGAUGAAGCACGUAUGGUCUCUUCAGAUGGUCAAAAAAAUGCUUAACAGUGCUGGAAAUUCCGGGAAUGAUGCUGCUGGAAGGUUCGGAAAAUCCAAUCAAGAAACUUUUGAUAUGGACCUUAUCCGUGAAUUUCCACCAGAAGAAACUAAAGAACCAGAGAUGGACAGACCUGAGACGCCAAUACUAACUGCAGCAAGCAACGGUAUCAUAGAAAUGGUGGAGCUCAUCCUCAACCGUUUUCCAACUGCCAUUUAUGACAAGAACUCAAAGAAGAAGAACAUAGUGCUGUUGGCAGCGGAGAAUAGACAACCCCGUUUAUUUGAUCUCUUGAAACGGAAAAAAAUCAAUGAAACUGUAUUUCACGCGGUGGAUAGUGAUGGAAACAGUGCCUUGCACCUGGCUGCAAAUUACAAUCAAUCUCUGAAUCCUUGGACUAUUCCUGGUACUGCAUUGCAAAUGCAAUGGAAAUCAAGUGGUACGAGGGUUAAUUUACUUUUCAUCAUGCUUGUGUCUCCAAUUGUCUUGCGCAAUACAAAUGAAUAUGUGAAGAGUUGCGUGGGACCAAACUCAUUGAUGUUGUACAACAACAAAGGCAAGACUGCAAUGGAGAUCUUCACAGAAACGCAUAAACAACUCAUAAAAGAAGGUGGAGAAUGGCUACUAAAGACCUCAGAUUCAUGCUCGGUUGUAGCAGCACUUAUUGCAACAGUUGCCUUUACAGCAUCAGCCACUGUUCCAGGAAGCACCGAAAAAGGGAAACCUGUUCUUGAAAAUGACCUAGCAUUUCAAGUGUUUUCAAUUUCAUCACUAGUUUCUCUUUGCUUCUCAGUCACCGCCUUGAUAAUGUUUCUAUUAAUUCUCUCAUCUAGAUACCAAGUGAGUGAAUUCAAGAUGAGCUUGCCUAAGAAGCUUCUGUUGGGUAUAUCGUCUCUGCUGAUCUCCAUAGCAGCUGUAUUGGUCUCUUUCUGCACAGGCCACUUCUUCAUUCUGAAUGAUCAAUUAAGAUCUGUGGCAGUUCCAAUAUAUGCAGUCACCUGCCUGCCAGCAACAAUUUUUGCCCUGGGCCAGUUGCCUUUAUACAUUGAUCUCAUAUGUGCCAUUUUUACCAAGGUCCCAGUGGCUUUGUAUAAUGGAAAGUUUGCGGGUAAGAAAGAAAAAUUUUAG